GCGUAAAGGCGUUGGGGGCGGAAGUGACGGGAAAGUAGUUGUGAGGUAGUUGGCGGGUGGUUGAGUAGAGCCGGUCGCCAUGUCCGCGGGGAGCGCGACACAUCCUGGAGCUGGCGGGCGCCGCAGCAAAUGGGACCAACCAGCUCCAGCCCCCCUUCUCUUCCUCCCACCAACUGCCCCAGGUGGGGAGGUCACCAGCAGUGGGGGAAGCCCUGGGGGUACCACAGCUGCUCCUUCAGGAGCCUUGGAUGCUGCUGCUGCUGUGGCUGCCAAGAUCAAUGCCAUGCUCAUGGCCAAAGGGAAGCUGAAACCAAGUCAAAAUGCUUCUGAGAAGCUUCAGACCCCUGGCAAAGGCCUAACUAGCAAUAAAAGCAAGGAUGACCUGGUGGUAGCUGAAGUAGAAAUUAAUGAUGUGCCUCUCACAUGUAGGAACUUGCUGACUCGAGGACAGACCCAAGAUGAGAUCAGCCGACUUAGUGGGGCUGCAGUGUCCACUCGAGGGAGGUUCAUGACAACUGAGGAGAAGGCCAAAGUGGGACCAGGGGAUCGUCCAUUAUAUCUUCAUGUUCAGGGCCAGACACGGGAAUUAGUGGACAGAGCUGUAAACAGGAUCAAAGAAAUUAUCACCAAUGGAGUGGUGAAAGCUGCCACAGGGACAAGUCCAACUUUUAAUGGUGCAACAGUAACUGUCUAUCACCAGCCUGCACCCAUUGCUCAGCUGUCUCCAGCUGUUAGCCAGAAGCCUCCCUUCCAGUCAGGGAUGCAUUAUGUUCAAGAUAAAUUAUUCGUGGGUCUGGAACAUGCUGUGCCCACAUUUAACGUCAAGGAGAAGGUGGAAGGUCCAGGUUGCUCUUAUUUGCAGCACAUUCAGAUUGAAACAGGUGCCAAAGUCUUCCUACGAGGCAAAGGUUCAGGCUGUAUUGAGCCAGCAUCUGGCCGAGAAGCUUUUGAACCUAUGUAUAUUUACAUCAGUCAUCCCAAACCAGAAGGCCUGGCUGCUGCCAAGAAACUGUGUGAGAAUCUCUUACAAACAGUUCAUGCUGAAUACUCUAGAUUUGUGAAUCAGAUUAAUACUGCCGUACCAUUACCAGGCUAUACACAACCCUCUGCUAUAAGUAGUGUCCCUCCUCAACCACCAUAUUAUCCAUCCAAUGGCUAUCAGUCUGGUUACCCUGUUGUUCCCCCUCCUCAGCAGCCAGUUCAACCUCCCUAUGGAGUACCAAGCAUAGUGCCACCAGCUGUUUCACUGGCACCUGGAGUCUUGCCAGCAUUACCUACUGGAGUCCCACCUGUGCCAACACAAUACCCGAUAACACAAGUGCAGCCUCCAGCUAGCACUGGACAGAGUCCGAUGAGUGGUCCUUUUAUUCCUGCUGCUCCUGUCAAAACUGCCUUGCCUGCUGGCCCCCAGCCCCAGCCCCAGCCCCAGCCCCCACUCCCAACUCAGCCCCAGGCACAGAAGAGGCGAUUCACAGAGGAACUACCAGAUGAACGGGAAUCUGGACUUCUUGGAUACCAGCAUGGACCCAUUCAUAUGACUAAUUUAGGUACAGGCUUCUCCAGUCAGAAUGAGAUUGAAGGUGCAGGAUCGAAGCCGGCAAGUUCCUCAGGCAAAGAGCGAGAGAGGGACAGGCAGUUGAUGCCUCCACCAGCCUUUCCAGUGACUGGAUUAAAAACAGAGUCUGAUGAAAGGAAUGGGUCUGGGACCUUAACAGGGAGCCAUGAUUAUCCAGCCAAGAAGAUGAAAACUACAGAGAAGGGAUUUGGCUUAGUGGCUUAUGCUGCAGAUUCGUCUGAUGAAGAGGAGGAACAUGGAGGUCAUAAAAAUGCAAGUAGUUUUCCACAGGGCUGGAGUUUGGGAUAUCAAUACCCUUCAUCACAACCACGAGCUAAACAACAGAUGCCCUUCUGGAUGGCUCCAUAGGAAACAGUGGAACAGAGUUUUGAACUUCGGUGACUCUUCUUAGCAAUAAUGCAUGCAUUUGAUUUAACAAGACUCUGGGGCCUAUACUGGGAACCAUCUUGGACCUGUGCAGAAGUUAGAGAUGCAGUGUCCCUGUCUUAAAGGGGUUCCAUUCUUUUUAAAACAUCCUUAUUUCUGCAAUGGCAUAGCAUCUGUCAAAAUUUACUUAGAAUCACAAAUUUGUCUCAGAAGGUUUUUAACAGUUGGUGAAAUAUGCUUGUCUAACAAAGCAUCCUGACAAGGUCAUUUCCAUAUACAUUUUACCUGAUCCAGCCUUUUCCAAAUGACCAGCCCCAACUCUGACAUAAAGAUUUAUUUGUAUUUUACUACUGUUGGGUCAAUUUUGAUAAUAACUGGUUACAGACAAAGCCUUACUAUUCAUUGGUGGGGAAAUGAUUUUAAGACCAUCCUUUCUUUUCAGUACUUAAUUCUAAGAGAUCCUCAUCCCUAUUUCAUUUUGGAUUCUUUCUGUUUUGGAAGAUGCCAUUUUACUAACUUAAAAGUUGGAUAUAGCUGGAUCCGGGAUAGGAAAAUGAAGUUAUUUUUCAAUGUGUGUGUUUUUUGUUUUUGUUUUUAUUGGGAUGAUCCAAAGCUGGCACCUUCAGGAACAUUUGUCUCAGAUAGCCAUUGCUGUUUUUAUUGCCCUUCUAAGCUCCUUGUCUUCAGCUGGGUCAGAGAAAACUACUUGACUAAAACUGGUCAGAACUCAUCACAGAAAUGAAACACAGUGGUCUGUUUCUCUCAGAACUGGUUGCAGCUAAAAUAAGAGAGAUCUGACUACUUGCAAUAGGAUGGUGGACUUAGUGACUGAAAUUGCAACUUGUCCUUUUUCUUGGCAUUACAUGUUUUGCCAAAAGAACUUUUUGUAUCAAAUAUUGAUGUGUGAAAGUGAAGGAGCUAGUCUGCUGAACCAAGAGUAGUUUGAGAUACUUAACUGUCAUUUUUGCACAUUUGAAUACUUUGCAGGCUGGCUUUGUAUAAACUUAUCCUCUGGUUUCCUAUAUGUUGUAAAUAUUUAGACCAUAAUUUCAUUAUAAAUAAAUGUAUAAAUAUUC